CCUUUCAAGAUGACAUAGAAGAAAAUCCUCUCAUUGUUGCAACAGAAGACAAUCCGACAUAUUUGGCUGAUCAAACUGGAGAAGCUGAGGAAGAUGCGUUGUUCAUGCCUCCUGAACAAGAAACAGAAGAUGAGUUCAUCGCAUCCUCAUCAGACGAAGAUGAAAGCGAAGAACUUUAGUAGUAUGAGGGGUCGCGGUCGAGGAUCAGGCACAGGCCGAGGAUCAGCCUCAGGCCGAGGACGCGGACGGGGAUCAGACCCUGUUCCUGGCGAUGACAACGUUGCUGAGGAGCAGCAGCAGUUAGAGGCUGGAGCACCUGUUCAGCCUCGGCAGCAGCGUGAGCCUGGCGAGCCCCCGGCUGUUCUGGACGACCGGGGUAGGGCGAGGGUUCACCCGGACCCUAGCAGGACGAUGUUGAUCGACUCUGGGCCUGUUUCACGGGCUAUGCGGGAGAUUUUUAGGAAGUGCUGGUUCGAUAAUGGAACAGCAUGGCGCUUUCUAACAGCCGAGCAGAGGGAGUUCUACUUCCAGGAGUUUCAGAAAGAGUUCUGGUGGGAUAGUGCGGCGUACAGCGAGGAGGUCAUUAGACAGGUCUUCAUGGUCCAUGCAGCCAACCGCUACAAAGACAACAUCCACAGAAUGAGGAGGACGCAACAGAAGCAUAUUUCUGUGACCCAGGACAUCUGGGAUGCUUGGAACGCGUUCUGGAACUCAGAGAAAGAGAAAAAAAGGUCAGAAACCGCCCGAGCAAAUCGGAUGAGCGAGCCAGCGGGCGCCGGUUCUGGACCUGUCCGCCAUACUGGUGGAUCUCGCUCUGCUCUGAAGCAUAUGGAUGUCAUGGAAAGGGAGCUUGGCCGGAAACCGAGUGCGACGGAGUUGUACACUCGCCUUCACUCCACGAAGGCUGACAAGAAGCCGGUCGACAAACGGGCUCAGGAUAUGACUGACGCCAUCACUGAGAGGCUUGCUGCUGCGACACAGCCUCAGACCGGAGAGGGUAGCUCCUCGACCCCAGCUGCAGUGGACGAGACCCAGGUGUUUCUAGACAUCGAGGGCGUCAACAAGAAGAAACGCGUGUACGGGUUGGGUUCUGCGAGCAGCAGGUACGCCGGGCCAAGCAGCAGCAGCAGGGUGCAGCGAGGCAGCUCUUCUAUUCGCAGCAGGCAGACGAGGAGGUCGAGCGCCGUGUGCAGGCCGGCAUUCAGGAGGGUCUGCGACUGGCUCGGGAACAGCAGGCUGCGAACAUGGCCCAGAUGA